CGCUGCGGGUUCCAGGCGUGCUCUUUGGACUCUACUUGUCGCCGGUCCUUUUACGUUGUUCGGAACCGCAGUGUGUAGCAUCAUGACGUCCGCUCUGGAGAACUACAUCAACCGAACUGUUGCUGUUAUUACUUCUGAUGGAAGAAUGAUUGUGGGAACACUAAAAGGUUUUGACCAGACCAUUAAUUUGAUUUUGGAUGAAAGCCAUGAACGAGUGUUCAGCUCUUCACAGGGAGUAGAACAAGUGGUACUAGGAUUGUACAUUGUAAGAGGUGACAAUGUUGCAGUCAUUGGAGAAAUUGAUGAAGAGACAGAUUCUGCCCUUGAUUUGGGGAAUAUUCGAGCAGAACCUCUAAACUCUGUAGCACAUUGAGGAAAAACUACACACAGUGGACUUCUGUAAAUCUUUGUACAGAACCUGAUUAUUCAGAAGAAGAUUUGUGGAAUUUUUAUGAAUGUGUAAUUCUGAAUUUUGACUCUGUUGAUUUCAUUGUAAUAUGAUAUGUAAAUUAAAAUAUUUCUACAUUUUAUUGAAAAAAAUGUUUUCAUUUUAUUUUUUUAUUAAAUGUGAAAAUAGAAUGAUUAUUUUGGAAACUUAGAAGAAAUCAAUACUUUCCAACAUUUUAGUAUUUAUGGCAUACUAUAAAUAUUGAAAAGAGAAAUAUGUGUGCUAUAUAACUUAAGACAAAUAAUAUCAGUAGUGCAUGAUUUUUAAGAGUGACAUGGGAAGGUAAAUGUUGUUAUCUGUAGUUAUCUGAAUCAUCAGCACUUAUUGCACUACACAGAUAGUGGUUUGCCAGUACUUUUAAAAUUUGCCUUCUAGCACUUAGAUUAAAGGUGUCAGUAAGAGUAUGUUUGGUUGAGAAAAAGAAAUAUACAAGCAAAAUUUAAAUGAAUAGGGGCAAAAAGUGUGGGCUUGAAUUUAAGGCUGGCUAAGAAGAAUAGGAUUCAAAAGGAGGAUAUUUGUAAAAUAUUUGGAUGCUUAACAAAUUAGAUAUGAAAAUAAUUAAGCAUAUUGCAUUUUAUUAGUAUUUUAUCUGAUAAAGUGAUUUGAAAGUCUUAAAAGCCAUCUUUCAAUUUUUAAGAAUUGGAAUUUCUAGAAUUAAAGGAGUUUUUUGUUAUCUAUAAUGUGAGUAAUAAACCUAAGUUUUUAUUGAGGCAGUUAUUGUCAACAACUUUCUGUGACUCAUUGGUUCUAUAAACCUGAUUUCCAACAAAGCAAAGCUGAUUUCUCAUGAGUAUGCCAGGCCUAUUUGUUUAUUAUGUAUGUGAAUGAACCAAUAACUAGAUAAUGUCCCUAACUACAAAUAGGCUGCUUUCUGAAACUCCUUUGUACAGUUGGUUAAUAACACUCUUAAAAAGCCACAGAAGCACUGUUAAGUUGUGUUUAGAUAUUCAGGUUAGUCCACAAAAAUUCUCAUCAACUCAUGAGUAGGGGCCACAGUGUAUAUUUUGUGAUAAGAAAGUGGAAAAAUAUUAUUGACAUCCUAGUAAUUCAAAUAAACUUAAAAAAAUAUAUGUUUUUAAAUGAAAGUGCUUAAAAUGAGUUGGCAAACUUUUUCUGUAAAUAGCCACAUAGUAAAUAUUCUAGACUUUGAGGGACAUAUGGGCUCUGUGACAACAACUCAAUUCUGCUAUUGUAGUACAAAAAAGCCAGUACAUAAAAUGAAUAGAAGUGGCUGUGUUCCGAUAAAAUUUUAUUUACAAAAGAAGGCAGCAGACUGGAUUUGGCCUGCAGGCUAAAGUUUGUUAACCCCUUUAUUAAAAUAUACAAGUUCAAUAAGAGAUGAUGGCUAGUUUGUAUAAAUUCUGAAAAGGGCUUCUGCAUCUUUUCAGGGUUUAAAAAUGG